AUGCAAGCCGGUGCUUUCAGCGGAACAAGCGGCGAUGACCCCGCGUCGUCGUCGUCGGCAGCGGGGGGUGGUAUCGGAGCAAAUGGUAAUGGUCAUGCAAAGCGAACGCGAGUUCUCCUUAGCUGUGCGCCUUGCCGCAUUUCUAAACUCAAGUGCGACCGCACAACGCCGUGUGGCCAAUGCAUUAGAAAGGGUAAGCUGGAAGGCUGCCUUUAUGCUCCGAGACCUGAGAAGCAGAAACCAGCAAAGAGCAUGGCUGCACGUUUGAAGAGACUCGAAGGGAUGGUUCGCGAUAUGAUCGACACGGAGGGUUCUAUGCCAAUAGUUCCUACCGAUAGGAAGGCGGGACAGGAACCGAGUGCCGGUGGGCUCCUCGUUCAAGGUGAAAAAGCUACAAAUUAUGUCGGCGGUACACAUUUUAUGGCUAUUUUAGAGGACAUCGAGGAUCUUAAAAACUACUUCGAAGACCCACUCGAUGAUGGCGACGAGAUCUAUGACCCGUAUGAGAAUACAGGGCCAAAUGAACUGUUGAUGUUUUCACGGGGUGUUCCUAGGGAUAAGUCGGAGCUACUGGCCCUCUUGCCAGAGAAAGCUGUCAUUGACCGUCUGAUAAAUCGCUACUUCAACUCUAACAGUCCUUCUCAACACAUUAUUCACGUCCCUACAUUCCUGGGAGAAUAUAACGAAUUCUGUAAAGAUCCUGACGGAGCACCUUUGAACUGGAUAGCUAUGCUCUACAUGGUGUUGGCACUCGGCGUGUUCUUCUCUUCGUUUGCCGCGCCGCAUGAGCUCGUGAGCGAUUCCCUCAUGCCAGCCAUGGACAGGUUCAAACAGUACAGGGGUGCCGCUGGGUGGGCUCUGAUCUGGGGGAAGUACUCUCAACCGAACUUUUAUACGCUUCAAGCAUUCCUAUUAUAUGUUGAAGGGGAUUUCAUGACGAAUCGCGAUCAUCGUAUGAAUUGUUACCUGCUUUCGUCCGUCUUGAUCCGACUUAUGUUGAAGAUGGGUCUCCAUCGCGAUCCUAGCAAACUACCUAAUAUCACACCGUAUGAUGGCGAGAUGCGGCGGCGUCUAUGGAAUAUCGCCAUUCAAGUCGAAUUGCUGGUCGCAUUCAAUCUAGGUCUACCUAGUAUGGUCCACGGAAUCGAGACUGAUACGGAGCUGCCGUCACAUCUAAUGGAUACCGAUUUUGACAAGGACACCAAGGAGCUGCCCCCAGCCCGCCCUGAUACGGAAUAUACGUCGCUCACCUACCCGAUCAACAAAGCGAGGAUAAUGCGUGUGUUUUUCUUGGUUGUUCGGCAAGCACAUGCUCUCAAAGUCCCAACGUAUGCCGAGGUCAUGCAGCUGGAUUCGCAGAUCGAAGAAACAUGGAACAGUAUACCUUCACUUAUGAAAAUGAAGCCGAUAGAAGAGUGUGUUAUGGAAGAACCCGUCCGGAUUAUUCAGCGAUUUGGUAUCGCGGCAAUAUAUCAAAAAAGUCGAUGCGUCCUUCAUCGACGGUAUCUUGCCGAACCCGUACCAAAAGAGGAGCAUGACUACUCUCGCCGAAUAUGUUUUGAGGCGGCGUUGGCAUUACUAGACCUUCAGAAUACUAUGCACGAAGCUACUAAACCGGGUGGUAUGCUGCGCCAGACAGGCUGGUUCGUUGCAGCAUUAGUGGCUGUUAAUGACUUCCUCUUGGCCGGUAUGGUCCUCGCCCUCAUGAUUCAGAAUGAUAAAUACUGGGAGGAGGGCAGCAGUCCCAGCUGGAUAGCCCGAAGCUCGCCGCCAUUCACCAAAGACAAACUCUUGUAUCUGCUUAGGAGAUCUUACAACGUCUGGUGCGAUAUGUCAGGUGACGCAAGGGAAUUCAAGAAGGCUGAAGAGGUCGUUCGGACUAUACUCCAAAGAAUUCAGGCAAAACUUCAGAUCGAUACUUCACAUUUCCCUAACACACCGCCGGAUUCAUUUAGGAACGAGAAUACCGAGAUGGCGGAGAUGGCGGAUUUGUCGAUUAGCAGUGGCGAUCCCCCGACAAUAUCCAGCAGCAAUGAGCCUGGAGUUGAGAAUUUUGCUGAUUUCGGCGCCGCCACGAUAAAUACAACGGGCGCGGAUGACAUAUCGAACUCUCCUUGGAUGAUGCAGAAUGGCUAUGACUGGGUAAGCCGUGGCGAAAUUGCUAAUGAACCCGCGCAAUAUAGCGCUACUUUGAUCCCAUGGCGCGUGAUAACGGACACGUCAAUCCCGCAAUACAGAUGA